CCACAGCCACUUCCUUCAGCUCAGUCCGACUGCACAGCUCCAUUCGUGUUGACUGCCCAGAGUCCACGGAUACAGCCCUGCACCUCUCACCACCACCUCCAAUCAAACUUGACCUAAAUAAUACAGCAAAGUCAAUCCCUGAUCUCAUUCUGAGACCUGCAGCAGCACAUAGCCGUGACUACAGCUACAUUCCAGCGGCCUUGUCAGCCUCUGUUCAGGCAUGUCACUCUACAGUUUUGGCCUUGAGCCGCUCUCCUGCCACACCUGGAACAAAGACAGGUCCCAGAUUGCAGUGAGUCCUAACAACAAUGUGGCGAACAUCUAUGAGAAGAAAGGCAAAGAGUGGGUCAAGAUCCAUGAGCUGACUGAGCACAGUGGACGAAUCACAGGCAUCGAUUGGGCCCCAGAAACCAACCGCAUAGUGACUUGUGCCUCUGACCGUAACGCCUAUGUGUGGACUCUGAAGGAUGGCACAUGGAAGCCCACCUUGGUCCUGGUGCGCAUCAACCGUGCAGCCAGCUGUGUGAAGUGGUCGCCACUAGAGAACAAGUUUGCCUUGGGAAGUGGAGCUAGCAUUAUCUCUGUCUGCUACUUUGAGAAGGAGAAUGACUGGUGGCUGAGUAAACACAUCAAGAAGUCUAUUCGUUCCACAGUCCUGAGCCUGGACUGGCACCCCAACAAUAUCCUUCUAGCAGCUGGGUCUGCAGACUUUAAUUGCAGGGUUUUCUCAGCUUACAUUAAGGACAUCGAGGACAAGCCUGGACCCACUGCCUGGGGGGCCAAGAUGCCUUUUGGAGAGGUGCUGCUGGAGCAUAAGGACUGUGGAGGCUGGGUGCACAGUGUCUCCUUCUCCCCCAGCGGAGACCAGCUGGCCUGGGUGGCUCACAACAGCAGCAUCGGUGUGUCUGAUGCCACCCAAGGAAAGGAAGUUACCCAGCUGACCACUAACUAUCUGCCACUGCUCAGUGUGCUCUAUGUCAGCCCCUCUGAGAUCGUUGCAGCGGGCCAUGACUGUUGCCCUAUCCAGUUUACCUACAAGGGUCCAGGUGCUCUAGAGUUUGUCAAGAAGCUAGACAUCCCCAAGCAGAGCUCCAAGACCAGCAUGUCAGCCAUGCAACACUUCCGCAACCUGGACAAGAGAGCCAUUGAAGAAGACAGUAAUGAGCUUGGUACCAUUCACCAGAACAGCAUCACGCAGCUGUGUGUUGUAGCUGGAGAGAAAGCCAAAGUGGAGAAAUACAGCAGUGUUGGUCUGGAUGGAGCCAUGGUGAUGUGGGAUUUUAAGCAUUAAGAAACAACCGGUUGUCACAGCGGGGGUGACCCACACUUCAACCACUCUUCAGUGGAAAAUACCUGCCAGUAGAUUCCUGGACAUGAAGAUGGACUUUAUGAUUAACUGUUAAACAAUGGUCAAUAAAACUACUACUGCAUAAUGUGA